AGUAGAUAGGUGUUGCGGCUUUUUGGCAACGUCGCUUGUUUGGUGAUAUCGGUGCCACGAGAAAUGCUCGCAGGAAUUUCACAUCUUCACGUGCUCGACUGAAAGAGAACCUUCGACCGCGCCGCAAAAGUUGUUCGACCCACUGUGCCGGCAGGAAGCGGCAAAUCGUUCGCCGGCGCGAUGUCGGAAACAACACACCCUCCGCCGUCUGAUGCCCUCGACUGGGGCGAAUCGGCGAACUCGGGCGCAAACUCUGACGCAACUCCGCAGUCUGCUGCUGCUGUCGUUGAAGACGGCAGUAAAGAUGAGUCGGCGCCGAUGGAAACAGUGGCUCUAGAAACGACUGACAUCUACUCGGAGGACUCUGACCCAGGCAAGGAGACAGACCUGAAGCGGUACUUCAGCAACACGCCAACAGAUGUGGCCGCCUGCUCGUUCUUCGAUUCGCUGGCCGUGAGCACCUCGCCCAUGAUGAAGAGCGUCUCAGAGGUGAACAUGGCACAGAAGGCAGCCCUGGAGGACGUAGUUCCGGAAGCACCGAUUAUUACUGAGAAACCGCCUGAGGAGUCAUCCGUGUACUUCUCUCUCGGCGAUAGCACAGCCCAGGAACCCGAGAUCGCCGUCAUUGCGCAGGAAGCCGUCGAAGGCCCAACGCCCUCUUAUUCUAUGCCCAUGCAAGAGCCUGUUGUUGUGGAGUCGGGCGAGAACCAUAAUGCCUCGCUGAGCGUCAGUGAAGAAGGACCUUCGUUGAGCAAGUUCUUCUCGAGCGACUGCAGCGGUGGCGAUCAGGAGGGAAAAGCGUUCUUCGAUGUCCUCGCCGCUGGCAUAGCAGGCGUCGAGCAGUCCGGAAGGUCGUCAGGCAGUGCCAGCCCCAUUUCUCUGGUACAGGAGCCCUGCCUGAUGACUGAGCCCAUGGAGGAUGGUGACAUCUGUGCUUACGACAGCUGGCUGCCGUCGGCUGUGACUAGAGACUUCCUGGCCCGACUAGCGACGUCCGAGCCGGGUACCGUUAUCCCGGAGCGCGAACAACUCACCAUGCCUGGCGUCAUAAUUGACGAGUGCCAGGGAGAUACGGUCCGGGGGUUGCUUCAGGAGCACAUCAUCGAUGAGGCAGGCACUCGGCGGACACUGACGGUCGACGAUGUGCCGCAGAAUGAAGAUGGACUGAAGCAGUUGAUUGGGGCGCAGUGUCACAACGCGGCCAUCAACCUGACGACCAGGCUGCUGACCAGCGUGGGCCAAGGUCCCGGAGCCGGAGGUCAUCCGUCUAGGCACAGCCCUCACUCUCUCCAGUUGUGGUACACGCGACUAGCACUCUUCGUGAAACUGCGCAAGUUUGCCUACGCAGAGGUUGAGGGUGAUGCCUUUGGGGACCUGGACAAACCAGACCUGUUUUACGAAUUCUAUCCGGACACCUACCCAGACAAGCGAGGUUCGAUGGUGCCGUUCGCCAUGCGCCUUCUGCUGGCUGAGUUGCCGCAGUUCCAGGGGAACCACUGCACGGCUCUCAAUUCUCUCUACAAGCUACUCAACGUCGUGCACAGGAUUCUUGGAAACUUGACGAACGGCAUAUCUGAGGACGGCAGCCUGCUGGAUAUGAGCGAACAGUUGAGACAAGCCUCCAUGAAACUGUGGGAAGACCGCGAAUGCCGAGUCUACUUUGCCAUCCUCAACUGCGUUCUCAACCAGAAGGAUUAUGUAGUAGCCAUCAAAGUGGCAAGGAUCUUGCUUGAAAAGAACAGCGGACGUAAAGCACAGCUGCAUUCGGCCAUGGGAAGGAUAUACCUCCAGCUUGGAGAUGUGGAAACCGCGCAAAGCCACUUUCAUAAAGCCGAGGCCCUGUACCACGGCAUGGCACUAGAGGGAAGGCUCGAAAUCCUUAUCAACAAAGGGACAAUGGCCUUGGCUCUGAACAGCUAUGCAGAGGCUUAUCGCUUCUAUGAGGAGGCCAGCAAGCUGCAGCCAAAAAAUCCGUUGUUCAUCAACAACAUGGCGGUCUGCCUCCUCUACCUGGGCCGACUGAGCGAGUCCGUCCAGCUGCUCGAGUCGACCAUGCAGGGUGACCCCGCGCUCUGCUUGCACGAGGGCUACCUCUUCAACGUCUGCACCCUCUACGAGCUGCAGUCCUCCGAGGCGGUCACGAAGAAGCGCAGCAUGUUGAGACUCGUUGCCAAGCACGCGGGCGACAGCUUCAACGUGGCUUCACUCAAGCUUCAGCCGGCCAAGACGUGACGCUGACUGGGCAGCACGCUGUUGUAGAGAAUCACGCUGCACAACGGCCACGAAAACGACAACGCUCUACUGUAAGUGGGGUUGUCAUUCUAAGCGUCGACGUCAAUGGACUUUCCGAGACUCCCGCAUACUUUCGUUAAGUGCUACGUCCCCUCGAUAAGUGUGGUUAAUGGUGUGCAUUCUAAUGAGUGAUAGCAUUGCUUCUCUGGCGGAUGCAAGGUAUCAGCCAUGUUCAAAUGGUUAUACUAAUUGAAGCGUUGUGAUACAUGUCAAAGAAUUAGGGUUACUGACAACCUAGGAACCGAAAGUAAAAAGCACAACGAUAUCAAAGAAAGUUCAGUUGGAGUCAAGAAUGUAGCAACACAAUGUUCAUAUUGUCUAUUGCACUUGAACAUUCUUUGUGUCUUGCCCUGAAGGCCAAAUUUUUAUGUUCUUUUACCUGCAUUAAGACUGCAUACUGUCUUUAAACUUUUCUUUAAAUUCUUGUCACAACAAUCUUUGAAUGUGAAUCUUGUUACCGGACGUUCAGCUUUGUGAAUGAGCCAAAAUCAGCUGGCAUAUUGGUAUCCUGCAAACUUGCGCUGUGAAUAAGCAGCUGUGUUCCGUUGUCUGUGGUGAUCAUAUUGCAAACUGAUGCUGGAAAAUAUUGCCUGUCAGUCCAAUGCGGGCACAUAGCUUUGUUUAGAGCAAUUGCCUACAUUAAGGAAUCGACGUGAAACCGCAAGUUGUGCUCAGAUCUGGUGCAGACUCAUCGUCACAUUUCACAGGUACUGCAGAAGCAUACGAGUAUGCGCCAUAAAAUCCAACAGAAUCUGUAGAAAGGUAUUGUGUUUUGGAUCACUAAGAAGUUGAAGUUGAAGUUUAUUCAAUAAACUUCAACUUCAACAUAUAGAUAACAUAAUACUAUAGUACUAGUAGUGCUGCUUGAGCUGUCAUGUAAAUUUUUUUCAUAAUCCACCUAGAGCUGUAGAGCAUUAUUAUCUCCCUGCUUUGAAAGAGCAUAUUGUCACUCAAACUAGCAAUGUCAGCAAUACUAGCAGCAUUUAUACCAUGCUUUCAUUACAUGAGCACAAUUUGCCUGCAUAGGUUUCUAGCAUAGAACACUUAUCUUGAACAUCUCUCUCUGUCUUAUAUAAAGAAUGCAUUCGUUGGAAGUGUUUGACUCGGGAUAGGUUAACGAAUUGUUUAUAAACUUGUUUGCACAGGGAAGUAUUUUUAAAAACUGAGGUAUCUGUGUACAAUGGCUGCUUUAAACUUUGUGGUAACGAAACAUCACAAACCACUGCGGUCAUUGCAUUGCUUUGGCAACGUGGCAAAGUACAUAUAUGUGUAAAUAGGAAGUGUGGGAAAUGGGUACAUGUUCACAGAGUACGGGUGGCAAAAUGUUGUUGCUGGAAUGGAAUUAAAUGUGAAGUUUUGUUCGAAA